AUGCGUGAGCGCCAUAUGCAAUUUAACAUUUCUGCGCUUCAAAAAGUCAUCGCGAAGCAUGUCGGCCAUGGAAAUGUAAAGAGCAUUGUCAAAUACAGUGAAGGUGGCUUCAAUCGCGUGCUUCUUGUCACUAUGGAAGAUGACUUUAGGGCCAUCGUCAAAAUCUCAUACUGGAUAUCCGUCCCGAAAACAUACGCAACCGCUAGUGAAGUCGCAACCCUUACAUUUCUUCGCUCGAAGGGGUUUACGGUACCUAAAGUCUAUGGCUGGUCUUCCACGACCGAAAACCCAGUCGGUGUGGAGUACAUCAUCAUGGAGCAUGCACCAGGGUUUGACACGACAAAACACCAGAAAAAGGCGUUGGUAACAGGGAUUGUUGACAUUGAAAAAAGACUUAUGAACAUACCUUUUGCCUCUGUUGGAAGUCUCUAUUUCAAAAAAGACCUACCUCCCCACUCGCAAGGCCAACUAUAUUCGCCAGUCACACCGGACGAGGACCGAGAUUCCGAAACCUACUGCAUCGGUCCCAUUGCCGAUUACAUGUUUUGGUAUGGAGAACGUACGAAACUCGACUUAGAUCGGGGGCCAUGGAGUGACCCGAGGCAAUAUCUUCUUGCAAUCGCUAACAAAGAAAUCGAAUGGACCGAGAAAUUUGGUAAGCCGCUUGAGUGCGACUUUCCAUAUAACACCGUUUUUCCAGGUGUCAACUCCCACCGAAAUUAUUUGGAACUUCUCAAGAAGUACCUAGCAAUCGCUCCUUAUCUUCUUCCGAAAGAUCCCGGAGAUAUUUUGAAUCGACCUACCAUUCGCCAUCCUGACCUUACUCCCAGCAAUGUUUUUGUGUGUCCAGACACUUUCGAUGUCACUUGUAUUAUCGAUUGGCAACAUACAGUUGUCACCCCAUUGCUUCUUGCUGCUGGCUAUCCGAGACUAUUUGAGAACCCUUCCCCGAGCCCCCAACAGGCCUAG